AAUGCGCCGCUAAUUGCGUGCUCAAAGGUUCACGUUGCGCGAGUGUUGGCUAAGUUCGAAUUGUUAAGGGGAUCCGCCAGAGAGACGAUGUGUUGACAGUAUCAACGGGGCGUAUCUAUCGAAUCAAACGCGAUCCGCAGGAAAAGGUGGACCCGAGCUGUGUGUGGCGUCGUGAAUUGCGCGGUUUUGUGCCUCUAGUUAAUCGCUCCCCUAGGUGAUAAGUGCACAGCAGAAUGACGGCAGAAUCGCUGAAGCCAUUCCUUAAUGCGCCGAACGAACUGAAAACGCAAUGUGCGCAAAAAUCCUCGCCCAAGUGUUUGCUGACCGCUCUGGGAUGCGCCUUCGUGGCGAUCCUCUGUUGCACGCUAAUUGGUGUGGAGAUCUGGCAUUUAAACAUGACCGAGGCUCUGCAGCAGGAAGUCGAAGACCUGAAGGUGCAGCUGAAGGAGCUGAACUCGAUGCAGCGAGCGGGUGACUUCAACGAUUAUGAGUUUGAUAACGAACUGUUCGACAACCCCGACGAGUACGAAACCGGAUACGAGUCACACUUUGACGGCGUGCUGUCGGAGAGCGCCGAGGACGGUAUGGACGCGACCGAGAUGCUGGACAGUGGCAGCAGCAGCCGAGCCCUUCGAGAAGAGGAUGAGGAGGGGGAAGAGGAAGCGCUUGGUGGCCGUCCGGAGGAGGUCCCAGAAGGGCCCCGGGAGGAUGAAGAAGAUCUCCACUUUGACGACGGUGUCGAGGACAUCAGCGUGUCGGUUUCGGAGGCCAACGGUAAGCGCCGAAUUCGGUCCAUUUCCGGUCUCACGCAACAGGGUGUUCCGAUUGUGGACGAACCGUACGUACCGCGCCGGAACCGUUCCCGGCGGCCACACCGGAUCUUCGAGCAGAUGCGUCAGCGGCCGGAAGAGCUGGUCACACCACCGCCUUCGGUCGAAAUGUUCCGCUGGGACGUCGAUGGCAGUUCCAGGAAACCAGCAUCCCAUCACGCAUCCUCGCAGCAGCAGUACGGAUCGAUCAGCAUCCGGCCGUUCCAUCACUCGGUUCACGGCCGCUUGGAUCAGUACAGCACCACUCCGGCCCCGGAGGAGGUUCCCGUUUCCUCGACCGCUCGGCAUCAUUCUCGACACUCUGGACUCUCUUCGACGAAAGCACCGGCACUGGUCCUCAAUCGGCACAGCCGUGUUCAGGUGACCGGAGAUGUGACGAGAGCACAGCUGCAACAACAACGCUUCCCGAAGGUGGUUGGCAAUCCAGGGACCCAAAAUGAGGUCGUAAUGAAACCCGAACGGCGUAUGCGGCUCCGGCAACGCAAGACUGGAUUGCUUCGGCAAGAUGGCGAACCCAGGGCAAGGUCCGUGCACCUGGUGCAGGUCGACACCAACACUGGCCACCACCUGAUGCGCCUGAAGCACUGGGUAGCGAAGGAUGAGUCGAGUAAGCAGUCGAUCGCUGCUCGCCUGUUCCGGUUCAACGGCGAGGAGCUAGAGAUUAACGAUCCCGGCAUUUACUACGUCUACGCACAGAUCACGUACGACAACGAACACGACAUCAACGGGUUCCACAUGCUGGUCAACGGCGAGAGUCACAUCGCGUGCUCGGUUCAGGCUCGGCAUGGCAACACCAUCAGCACCUGCCACACGGCCGGCUUGCUCGAGGUUUCGGGCGAAAAUGGUGUGAAAAUUGUCAUCGAGGACUUCGCCUACGGCCGCCAGUUCCUCCGGUACCCGGAGAAAACGUUCUUCGGCGCAUUCAAGAUAGGCAACUUGCCGCCGCACGCGAACAGGAAACACUCCAAGCAGUAGUCCUUCGUGGCGGUGGCCGCGCCCGUAUUUUAAUGCAACCAUACACAUGCUCGAAGCUGUAUUGCACCGUACCUGUAGUUCUAGUGAUAAACCGACGGCGGACGGAUGGUUCACAGACCCCCGAUAUUGUAUAGCUCGUCGGGGACCUAUGGUUAAUAUGUUUGAAGCAACAUUAUCUACCCAUUUUCCCAGCAUUUUGGAUUGUUUUCGCGCGAUUGAUUGGAUCGGUGUAUUUAUUUUUCUUACUAAAACCUCAGCCGCCGGGUCCAGCCGGACAGAUGAUUCUGAUUAGUGUUUGCUUGACCUGCUACCUCCGACUCCGAGGGCACAUUUAUCGCUCUAUGCAUGAAAAAAAACGGCACAAAAUCAUUUUGUGAUAUUUUUAUAGCAAGCCCCCGCAUCGAUCGACCCUGGAGCGGAUUGCGGCCCCAAAGUGCCGUCGAGUGGUUGCGCGGAUCGAUCGUUUCUGUGAAGAAUGAUGGCGGAGCGUUUGCCCUGCAAGUUUCGAGAAAAUAAAGA